AUGAACGCUUUGGAGGAAGCCCAGGCGAGACACCGCAAAGAAAAUAAAGACCUCCAAGGGCGCAUCACCCAAAAAAAGAAGCAGGCCACCAAAAAGACACGUAAAGGUGCCAACGAUGAAUGCGCAGAGCUUGAAAGGCAGCUGAAAGAGGCUCAGGCAGCUGAGCUCGCUGCACUGUGCGGAGACGCCCCGGAAGACGAGCCAGAGGUAGAAUCCAAACCAGAGAAUGAUGCGAGAGUUGCGCCUACCCAGGACGAGACCCUCGCCGCGGAUCUUCAGAAAACUGCCAUUUCCGACCCUGCACCUUCAGAAGAGGCUCAGCCCAAACGCAACCGCCAAAAAGAGCGUCUAGCCCGCCGCGCCGCAGAGCAAGAAGCAGAGGCCAUCAAAACCGAAGAGGAAGCCGCGAAACUCCCGAACUGGAAACGCCAAGAACGGACCGCCAUGCUGAAGGCGUUCAAAACCCACAAGCUGGACGAAAAAGAGAUCCGACCAGAUGGCCACUGUCUAUUUUCGUCCGUCGCGGAUCAGCUCGACCAAGCUGGCAUAGAUCUCAGGACAAAGAACGACGCCGAGAAGACGGAAGCAUUCAGAUACAAGGCAGUCAGGAGGACCGCGGCGAAAUACAUUAAAGGCCACCCCGACGAGUUUGAGGCGUUCUUAGAGGAACCGCUUCCGGCAUACGUACAGAAAAUAGAAAAUUCCGCAGAGUGGGGUGGACAAGUCGAGCUGAUUGCGCUUGCGAAGAGCUACAAUGUCGAGAUUUGCGUUCUACAAGAUGGCAGGCUGGACAAGUUCUCCCCAGAAGAGACGGAAGAAGAGGUUGAGAAGAUAUGGCUGGCAUACUAUCACCACGGAUACGGAUUGGGCGAGCACUAUAACUCGCUUCGGAAGGCACCUUGA